GUGGGAAGGAUGACGUGGACUCACUUUUGGUUGUGUUUCCUGGCCCUGUCAUUUACAAACAUCGCCAAUGUCCAAGCAAGACAGGCUCUCAACCAUGUCAACAGCAUCUGCAGCACCUGGGGCCGGCACCACUUCAAGACGUUUGACGGGGACGUGUACCAGUUCCCCGGCUUGUGUGGAUACAACCUGGUGUCCGACUGCCACGAGAUGUACAGAGAAUUCUCGGUGCACAUCCAGAAGAGCUUGGUAGACGGCCACCCCACGGUCAACGAGCUGGUUGUCACCAUCAACGACCUUGUGUUCCAUCUGACUAAGAGGGCUGUCUCAUUGAACGAUGAUCUUAUCAACUUGCCGUACCUAAAUGCGGGGAUUCAACUGGAACGGAAUGCGGUUUACACCAAGCUCCAGGCCAAGGUCGGCCUGGUUGUAAUGUGGAAUGGUGAUGAUGCUGUGAUGGUGGAGCUGGAUUCUGAUUAUCAUAACCGCACUUGUGGCCUUUGUGGGGACUUCAAUGGCGUUCCAGUCUACAAUGAAUUCAUUCACCACAAUCGCAAAAUCCACCCCAUUGAGUUUGGCAAUGGACAGAGAGUCCAUCGACCAAACGAUGAGUGUGAGGACCCCUACGAGGAGGAAGAGCAGGAGCUGGACGCCCAGGACUUAGAAUACCCGGAACUAGAAGACCAGGCGGUUGAGGUCCCCUGCAAGGAAUUUCGCCCAAUAUGCGAAAAGGUGAUCCACUCUGAAGCCUGGAGCUCUUGUGCAUCGCUGGUGGACCCGGCCCCAUACACCCAGGCCUGUGUGCAGGACAUGUGUGGAUGUGGCAAUAGCACCAAUGACUUCUGCGUCUGCAGCACACUGGCAGAGUUCUCCCGCCAGUGUUCCCAUGCCGGGGGUCAGCCGCCCAGCUGGAGGACGCCCCAGUUCUGCGCUAAGAUGUGCCCCUUCAACAUGGUGUAUGAAGAGAGUGGCUCUCCAUGCAUGGCUAGCUGCACGGUCUCAGACAUCAGCUCGCUCUGUGAGGACCACAAAAUGGAUGGCUGCUUUUGUCCUGCGGGAACGGUGUGGGACAACAUUUCACAGAGAGGUUGUGUCAGCCAGACUGAAUGCCAGUGUAAACACGAUAAAAUCUACAACUCCGGGGAAGUUUACCGACAGGAUAGUGAAGAAUGUUUAUGCUAUCAGGGAAGAUGGGACUGUAAGAGUCUUCCCAGUCCGGCUACUUGCGCAGUGGAAGAGGGUUCCCAUGUGACAACUUUUGAUGGGAAAGCCUACAUUUUCCAUGGGGAUUGCCACUACGUACUGGCUAAGAUCGAAAGCAAGGAUGAUACCAGCCCCAAGUUCACCAUCUUCGUCCAGCUGGUCCCAUGUGUGAACCAGGAGUUUGACACUUGUCUGAAGAGUGUGAAGGUCCUACUGAACAAUGACAGAAACAACAUGCUAGCGUUCUCUGCAGAUGGAAAAGUGAGGCACAACAUGCAGAUCAUCAGCUUGCCAUACAACACAGGCGACAUCAACAUAUUCAGGGCAUCGUCGUUCCACAUCCUGCUCCAGACCAGGUUUGGGUUACAGAUUCAGGUCCAGCAUGUUCCGGUCCUGCAAGUCUAUGUGACCCUUGAACAGAGAUACAAAACAAAGACAAGAGGUUUAUGUGGAAACUAUAACAUGAUGCUGUCCGAUGAUAUGAAGACACCUCAAGGGAUUGUGGAAGGCACUGCAUCCUCUUUUGGGAAUUCCUGGAAGGCUAACCCUACCUGCCCAGAGAGAGAUGAACGUCUGGAAAGCCCCUGUUCCGUCAGUGUGGAGAACGAGCGAUAUGCUGAACAUUGGUGCUCGAUGUUAACACGUCCAGACGGCCCAUUUACAAACUGUCAUGCAAUGGUCGAUCCAGAAUUGUACCACAAGAGAUGCAUCUACGCCACAUGUAACUGUGAGAAAACCGAAGACUGCAUGUGUGCCGUUUUCUCCUCCUAUGCACGAGCUUGUGCUUCGAAAGGAGUUUUCCUGAGUGAUUGGAGGGUGAACGUCUGUGAUAAAUACACAAGGGGCUGCCCGGAAAGCCAAAGCUUCUCUUACAAGCUGCAGCGCUGCCAGUGGACAUGCAGGCAGCUGAGCUCAGAGCAGCAGAGCUGCACCUCUGACUUCCUGCCUGUGGACGGCUGCUCCUGCCCUGAGGGGACGUAUCAGGAGGAACACGGUGCCUGUGUGCCCAUGAACAAAUGCCCCUGCUAUCACAAUGGAGUCCACAUAAAGCCAGGCAAAUCAAUAAGCAUCAAAGAGCAACACUGUUUGUGCUCCAAUGGCAAGCUUCACUGUCGUACUUGGAAGACAUCAUCACAAGCCUGUCCGACUCCAAAAGUCUACCUUAACUGUUCGAGCACAGACGUCCGAGAUCUGGGCGUGCAGUGUGCUCGGACAUGUAGAAACACAGAGAGUGAUAGUUGUUACUCAACAGAAUGUGAAUCCGGCUGUCAAUGCCCCAGUGGUCUCCUUGAUGAUGGCAAGGGCUCCUGUGUGAAGGAACAUGAAUGUCCAUGCGAACAUGAUCGCACCCUCUACGCUUCUGGCUCUGAAAUCAAAGAUCAGUGCAACACCUGUACAUGUCGAAAGGGGAACUGGGAGUGUACGGAGAAGAAAUGCCCAGGGACUUGCAUCAUUUAUGGUAGUGGUCAUUACAGAACCUUUGAUCAGAGAACGUAUGGCUUUCAGGGGCAAUGCGCCUACGUGGCCAUCCAGAACACAUGUGGCAACAAAUCGGUAGAGGACAUUUUCCGGGUUAUUACAGAAAAUAUACCAUGUGGAACUACUGGCACCACCUGCUCCAAAUCUGUCAGGAUUCAGCUGGGGAAUAAAGAAAUUAAAUUAGCAAAGGGAAAAUAUGAAAUAUUGGAUCUGGCGAUGGGCUCUGAGAUCAAGUACACAAUCAGACCUGUUGGGAUGUAUCUGGCCGUAGAAGCUUCACUCGGGAUCACAGUUCUAUGGGACCGCAAAACCACCAUCCGGAUCCUUCUGGAACCACAGCACAGUGCGGGGGUUUGCGGUCUUUGUGGAGACUUUAAUGGAGAUGUCCAGAAUGACUUCACUACCCAGAGUCAGAUGGUAGUGAGCAGCCCCCUUGAGUUUGCAAACAGCUGGAAGGCUUUAAGCUCUUGCCUGGAUGCCGAAGCAAGCGCUGAUUCUUGUGUGCUGCAGCCCCAUCGCCACAACUGGGCCCAGAUACAGUGUAGCAUUAUAAAGAGCGUCACCUUCCAAGACUGCCACAAAAAGGUGAAUCCUAUUCCGUUUUACGAAAACUGUGUAAAAGACUCGUGCGCCUGCGACAGUGGAGGAGACUGCGAGUGCUUCUGCACAGCAGUUGCAGCCUACGCCCAGGCUUGUAAUGAAGUCAGUGUGUGCGUUGCCUGGAGAACCCCGGAAAUAUGCCCCGUAUUUUGUGACUACUACAAUGAAGGGGAAUUAUGUGAGUGGCACUACAAGCCUUGCCAUGAACCUUGUUACGAGACCUGCCGGAAUCCACACGGAUGCAACAAUUCAAUACCAAACCUGGAAGGCUGUUACCCUGUGUGCCCAGAAGAUAAGCCCAUAUUUGAUGAAGAUAAAGGAAUAUGUGUCGAGAGCUGUGAUGGAUGCAUUUACAAUGGAACAUAUUACAAUGACAAUGAUGUCAUAUACAAUGUGACGGACAAUUUAGGAAUGUGCUAUUAUGCUAUUUGCAAAAAUGGAAAAGUGAUAAAGACAAAUGAUCCCUGUCCAACUCCCAAACCAUCCACAACAACAACGCCAUUCAUUACCUCAACUACAACACCAACAUCAUCACCAGCAACCACACCUAGACCAACUACACCCUUAGUCACAACUAAAGAGACCACCACACAAGAGCCAACACCAACCUUUGAUGACACAACAUCAACUAAUACACCUCAAACAACUAUGACAAGUAGUUCAACGACUGAACCAACUACACCUGAAGUAACAACCAGAGAGACAACAAGCCCACCUGUUUCAACAACUACUCCACCUACUCCAACGGUCAUCUCAACGACAACAUUGACAACAACAACCACUGCACCACCAAGUACAACUGUUGCAACCCCAACCCCUGUUGUCGCGACAACAACGACUCCCACACAAGAAACAACCUCAGUUACGACAACUCCAUCCACCACAACUGAAGGAACAACCGGAAUCCCCUCAACGACCCCCUGCGAGGAAGAGUGUGAAUGGACACAAUGGUUUGAUGUGGACAGCAGUACGGACGGCAGUGACUGGGAAACGUACGAGAACAUUACAAACAGUGGAGAGAAGAUAUGUCAAAAACCAAGGAACAUUACAUGCAGAUCGACAAAGGCUCCUGAUAAAAGCUUUGAUGACUUUGUCAAGGAAACGGGACAAGUUGUCUCUUGUGAUAUCGACGAUGGUUUGAUAUGCAAAAAGGAGGAUCAGGUUAGCCGACCUUACAAGUGCUUUAACUACCAGAUCAAGGUGGAAUGUUGUGGGCCAUGCAUUCCCCACCCCACCCCUCCAACUAUAUCAACUACCGUCAUUACCUCUAGCCCCAAUCCAACACCAGGCAGCACCACUUCAGAACAGCCUACGCCUGUCUUCUCAACAACUAAAUCUACAACACCCCCUGCACCACUCAGUACAACUGUUUUAACAACAACCCCUGUUUUCACAUCACCUACUACACCUCAAUCGACAAGAAGUACCACGACUGAACCAACCACUACUCCAACAACUACAUCUACAACAACUGCUCCACCGAGUACACCUGUUGUAACACCAACCACUGUUGUCACGACGUCAACUACUACACCUAAAACAACUACGACAAGUAGUUCCACGACUGAACCAACCACUACUCCAACAACUACAUCUACAACAACUGCUCCACCAAGUACACCUGUUGUAACACCAACCACUGUUGUCACGACAUCAACUACUACACCUAAAACAACUACGACAAGUAGUUCCACGACUGAACCAACCACUACUCCAACAACUACAUCUACAACAACUGCUCCACCAAGUACACCUGUUGUAACACCAACCACUGUUGUCACGACAUCAACUACUACACCUAAAACCACUACGACAAGUAGUUCCACGACUGAACCAACCACUACUCCAACAACUACAUCUACAACAACUGCUCCACCAAGUACACCUGUUGUAACACCAACCACUGUUGUCACGACAUCUACUACACCUAAAACAACUACGACAAGUAGUUCCACGACUGAAGCAACCACUACUCCAAAAACUACAUCGACAACAACUGCUCCACCAAGUACACCUGUUGUAACACCAACCACUGUUGUCACGACAUCAACUACUACACCUAAAACAACUACGACAAGUAGUUCUACGACUGAACCAACCACUACUCCAACAACUACAUCUACAACAACUGCUCCACCAAGUACACCUGUUGCAACACCAACCCAUGUUGUCAUGACAACAACGACUACACCUCAGACAACUAUGACAAGUAGUUCCACGACUGAACCAACCACUACUCCAACAACUACAUCUACAACAACUGCUCCACCAAGUACACCUGUUGUAACACCAACCACUGUUGUCACGACGUCAACUACUACACCUAAAACAACUACGACAAGCAGUUCAACGACUGAACCAACCACUACUCCAACAACUACAUCUACAACAACUGCUCCACCAAGUACACCUGUUGUAACACCAACCACUGUUGUCACGACAUCAACUACUACACCUAAAACAACUACGACAAGUAGUUCCACGACUGAACCAACCACUACUCCAACAACUACAUCUACAACAACUGCUCCACCAAGUACACCUGUUGUAACACCAACCACUGUUGUCACGACGUCAACUACUACACCUAAAACAACUACGACAAGUAGUUCCACGACUGAACCAACCACUACUCCAACAACUACAUCUACAACAACUGCUCCACCAAGUACACCUGUUGUAACACCAACCACUGUUGUCACGACAUCAACUACUACACCUAAAACAACUACGACAAGUAGUUCCACGACUGAACCAACCACUACUCCAACAACUACAUCUACAACAACUGCUCCACCAAGUACACCUGUUGUAACACCAACCACUGUUGGCACGACAACUACGACUCCCACACAAGAAACAACCUCAGUUACGACAACUCCAUCCACCACAACUGAAGGAACAACCGGAAUCCCCUCAACGACCCCCUGCGAGGAAGAGUGUGAAUGGACACAAUGGUUUGAUGUGGACAGCAGUACGGACGGCAGUGACUGGGAAACGUACGAGAACAUUACAAACAGUGGAGAGAAGAUAUGUCAAAAACCAAGGAACAUUACAUGCAGAUCGACAAAGGCUCCUGAUAAAAGCUUUGAUGACUUUGUCAAGGAAACGGGACAAGUUGUCUCUUGUGAUAUCGACGAUGGUUUGAUAUGCAAAAAGGAGGAUCAGGUUAGCCGACCUUACAAGUGCUUUAACUACCAGAUCAAGGUGGAAUGUUGUGGGCCAUGCAUUCCCCCCUCCACCCCUCAAACUACAUCAACUACCGUCAUUACCUCUAGCCCCAAUCCAACACCAGGUAGCACCACUUCAGAACAGCCUACGCCUGUCUUCUCAACAACUAAAUCUACAACACCCCCUGCACCACUCAGUACAACUGUUUUAACAACAACCCCUGUUUUCACAUCACCGACUACACCUCAAUCGACAAGAAGUACCACGACUGAACCAACCACUACUCCAACAACUACAUCUACAACAACUGCUCCACCGAGUACACCUGUUGUAACACCAACCACUGUUGUCACGACGUCAACUACUACACCUAAAACAACUACGACAAGUAGUUCCACGACUGAACCAACCACUACUCCAACAACUACAUCUACAACAACUGCUCAACCAAGUACACCUGUUGUAACACCAACCACUGUUGUCACGACAUCAACUACUACACCUAAAACAACUACGACAAGUAGUUCCACGACUGAACCAACCACUACUCCAACAACUACAUCUACAACAACUGCUCCACCAAGUACACCUGUUGUAACACCAACCACUGUUGUCACGACAUCAACUACUACACCUAAAACAACUACGACCAGUAGUUCCACGACUGAACCAACCACUACUCCAACAACUACAUCUACAACAACUGCUCCACCAAGUACACCUGUUGUAACACCAACCACUGUUGUCACGACAUCAACUACUACACCUAAAACAACUACGACAAGUAGUUCCACGACUGAACCAACCACUACUCCAACAACUACAUCUACAACAACUGCUCCACCAAGUACACCUGUUGUAACACCAACCACUGUUGUCACGACAUCAACUACUACACCUAAAACAACUACGACAAGUAGUUCCACGACUGAACCAACCACUACUCCAACAACUACAUUACACCUGUUUAGUUCCACGACUGAACCAACCACUACUCCAACAACUACAUCUACAACAACUGCUCCACCAAGUACACCUGUUGUAACACCAACCACUGUUGUCACGACAUCAACUACUACACCUAAAACAACUACGACAAGUAGUUCCACGACUGAACCAACCACUACUCCAACAACUACAUCUACAACAACUGCUCCACCAAGUACACCUGUUGUAACACCAACCACUGUUGUCACGACAUCAACUACUACACCUAAAACAACUACGACAAGUAGUUCCACGACUGAACCAACCACUACUCCAACAACUACAUCUACAACAACUGCUCCACCAAGUACACCUGUUGUAACACCAACCACUGUUGUCACGACAUCAACUACUACACCUAAAACAACUACGACAAGUAGUUCCACGACUGAACCAACCACUACUCCAACAACUACAUCUACAACAACUGCUCCACCAAGUACACCUGUUGUAACACCAACCACUGUUGUCACGACAUCAACUACUACACCUAAAACAACUACGACAAGUAGUUCCACGACUGAACCAACCACUACUCCAACAACUACAUCUACAACAACUGCUCCACCAAGUACACCUGUUGUAACACCAACCACUGUUGUCACAACAUCAACUACUACACCUAAAACAACUACGACAAGUAGUUCCACGACUGAACCAACCACUACUCCAACAACUACAUCUACAACAACUGCUCCACCAAGUACACCUGUUGUAACACCAACCACUGUUGUCACGACAUCAACUACUACACCUAAAACAACUACGACAAGUAGUUCCACUACUGAACCAACCACUACUCCAACAACUACAUCUACAACAACUGCUCCACCAAGUACACCUGUUGUAACACCAACCCCUGUUGUCAAGACAUCAACUACUACACCUCAGACAACUAUGACGAGCAACAAGUCCACCUGUUUCAACAACUACUCCACCUACUCCAACGGUCAUCUCAACGACUACAUCCACUACAACACUCGCUGUACCACCCAGUACAACUGUUGCAACAUCAACCCCCGUUAUCACUUCACCUACUACACCUCUAACUACAAGAGGUACCACGACUGA